GAUCUUCAGUCAGACAUGAGGACGUUGUUGUACAUCGCUCUGAUCUUCGGGGUUCUCCUCCCGUCCGCCACCGCUAAGGACUGGGAUCUGGAGAAGAUGAGGCAGUGUACGUGCACAGGCAACGCAACUAACGAAAUCCCAACAGCCGUGGCCCGCGGCUGCAUUACUGACACCCGGGGGAAAGAGAGUCACGCUGAGACUGUCGCCUUCAAAGAACGAUGGCUGCAUCGCCAACAUCCUGGACAAGGCGUCUCCCGGAGAGAUCUAUGCCAUCAUGAACUACAAUGGAAAACUGGAUGGAGGCACCAAGCAGUCACCAGACAUGGACGCCACAAAGACGGCCCCCCGUAGUAAUGCAGAGGACGAGAUGGAGUUCAGCUUUACAGUGAAUGUGGAAGACGGAAGACUUUCUGCCUCCGAACCCCUGAAGAAG